AAACAAUUCAUUGGCAAAUGGAAUACUGUUGAUUAUACUUCACAACCAAAUGAAUAAGCGUAAAAUUGUAGACCAGAGAUAACUCGCAAUUAAUAUUCACCUGGAACCCUUCUUUGACUCCAUGCUUAAAUGCUAUCUUGGUUUUUGUCUUUUUGGUUUACAUAAUCGAUUAGUGACACCAGGAAAACCAAUGGUGCUGAGGCGUGUGUGACAAGCAAUAAUUACGCAACCAGACACCCAGCAUUAUCACUGCACGUACGUUUGUUUGUUGUAAUGUGAACUUUUUAAACUCGCUCUUUAAAGUAAUAAAACUUUUUUUUGUCUGAAAAGAACUAUUUCUGAUAUUCUUAUAUUUUCUAAAUAUGAGAGGAAAGCGAUCCGAAAACCGAUCUGUGACAUCGUACUACCGAUAUCAAUCCAUCUCAGACCUUGGUGGCGGACAUGCUAGAUUUACUGGGCCAAUUCGCGUCAUUGUCUUCUGUUUGGUCACUAUUAUACUUCCUUGUUGCCUCCUAAUUGCUCCAUUGUACAUAAGAUACAAUGUUUUUAAGGAUGUCAUUUACAAUUUGGGCGAGUCUGACCUGAUCAUGGUAGAGAAGCCGAUUUCUACAUUUUGGUGUGAGGGCCACGACUUGUGGAUGAACGCCACUUUUCAUGCAUACCUAUUGGAUGAACAACCCGAGAUUUCUGAAGACCUGCAACUAUUUGAGAUGGACAAGCACUUACAAUUGGCUGAUGAUUCGUUGGAGUAUUGGGGCUUCUUUCUACUUCAAGGGUCCAAAGUAAUUUUAUCAGUUUGUUCACGAUACGAUGGGGCUCGUCUUAUGGUCGUAAAAGGCACAAAGAAUUUAAAACAUUGUGCAUUGCUGGACCCAUCUCCAAAUCCAGACCAAGUCGACCCAUGGGAGGACGACGUAUCUGCGCAAGGUGGAGAAAUUAAAGUAACAUUUCAACAAGGAGAGCAUGACAUUGUUCAAAAUCAAGACGGUCAAUACGAAGAUCCUCGAGAUAGAGAUAACAAUGGUACAUCGAAAGGCAAAGGAAAGCGCGUCUAUAAGACAAACCGAAAAACUAAAGACAAAACACAGCAGAAAGGGGUGCAAACGGCCCAUGAAAGUAUGAAAGUUAACCGGCAUCGUCAUAGGCCGAGGGGGAAUAGAACAGAAAUGCUAUUUACGACGUCGUCGACUUCAACGACGAUUACUCCAAGCAUUGUUUUUUCCAACGAUACUGAAACAAAUAGAUCAAAAAGGUACACAGAAGACGACACCUUAUUUGACACGCAUGACUAUGUUACAUAUGAUGAGCAUGACGAUGAUAAUUUGGAGAAUGAGGAAGAGGACGAGGACAUGCCACCGAAUCCUGUGGGCGUUGAAGCGGAUGAGAUGGACUUGGACACUGCUGGUGGACGAAGAGAUGACGAGACCAUUGACGAAGAGGACAUUCGUUCUUCUGGAAGUUCUUUUGCAAAGAAUUUGUGGAGUUGCUACGGGGGGGAUACGUUAUUUACUCAAAGUUUCAGUGCCUCCAGCAGAUGUGUCAGUCAAGAUAACAUGAUGAAGCAUGCCAUCAGAAUGCGAACCGUGCAUGAAGUGACUGCAACGGGCUAUUUUUAUUACAUCUUUUUCUCUGAUAAUGACAUCAUCAAGAACGACAUCUUUGCUCGAUUUACCAUUGAGAAAGUGGUGUACAAUUUCCCAAAUUAUACCCAUUCAUGUAAAAAUACUACCCACUGUUCAUUUCCCCUGAAUUUUUUAUCGAGUGAAAAAGUUUUGCUUGAGGUUCCUCUCCAAGAUGGUGUGUCAGAUGAAGAUGCCUUGGCGCAGAUGAUUUUGAUUUCAAGCUGUCGCCCCAGAUUAGGCGUCUAUUUCAUAUUUCCAGUAUCAAUCAUUUUCUUGAUUCUUUGCUGUGCUUUUAUGUGAAUCAAUCAAAAAACAAACUUACA